UAAUAAAAGCCCUAGUUGCUGAUAGUUUGUUAUUGAGUUACUAUCUUGUGUAUGAAGCGUCUACCAUUCUGAAAACUGCAGUGCGAAUAUCACAUAUCGAUUCACCGCAGAAUAUCAUCUUACUUAUUAGGAAAGAAGUCAGUUGAACAGUCAUUACGCCGAGGUGAGUCUACGAAGAUGGAACGUUGGGCUGGUAAAGUCGCAGUAGUGACAGGAGCAAGUGUUGGAAUUGGUGCAUUCAUAGCUCGAGAAUUAGUAUGCAAGGGGCUGCAAGUAGUAGGUCUGGCAAGGAGAGUAGAAAAAAUUCAGGAAAUUGCAGAGAGCCUUCAGGAUUCACCAGGAAAAUUACAUCCAGUAGAAUGUGACAUCUCCAAGGAAGAAAGUGUCAUUGCUGCUUUUACUUGGAUAAAAGAUCACUUGGGGCCCAUUGGAAUAUUAAUUAAUAAUGCUGGCAUUGCCAAAGAAACAUCACUUACUGAAGGUACUUUGGAAGACUGGCGUGCCGUCUUUGAUGUUAACGUUUUCGGACUCUGCUUGUGCACCCGCGAGGCAGUGCGAAUGAUGCGUGAAUCUAAAACUGAUGCUGCGAUUAUUCAUGUGAACAGUAUAGCUGGUGAACGAGUACCUGCUGUUCCUGGUUUUAGUGUCUAUCCGGCCAGUAAAAGAGCAGUAGCUGCAUUGGCACAGACUCUUCGUCAUGAACUUACCGGCACGCAAAUUCGCGUUAUGACAAUAAGUCCAGGAUUGGUAGCGACAGAUUUCAUGUCAACGUUUUCUACAUUUUCCAAAGAGGCCUUAAUGGCAAUGCCAAGUUUACAACCUGAAGAUGUUGCUGCAGCUGUUAUUUAUGCUUUGUCAACGCCACCGUACGUUUCAGUACAAGAUAUCGUUCUUCGACCAGUGGGUGAAACGUGGUAACUUGAUCAGUUCGCUAUUAAAAUAAAUACUGAUUAACAUUCUUAUAGAGGACUAAAAAAAUAUAAGAAUAAAAAAAAUAAACUAUACAGGGAA